UGAGAUUCCGGGCUCCUGGCGCCUCCCGAUCGCCGACUGCCGCGCCGCGCGGCUUCGCCCAAGAGGAGGCGGCCAGGCGGGCUGUGCGGCUUGUGGAUUUUUAAAAAUUUGGCUCCGAGGAGGACCAUUUCCUCUCGACAUGCAUCCCUCCGGAUAGACUGAACAUCCCUCGAUCCAUCCCCCGCCCCGCGCGGUCAGAGGCAGGCGCUGGGUGUGCGAAGAGGAUCCGGGUUGAAAUCUGCGCCCCCGGUUCUUGUCCCCGCCCCGUCCCACCUCCCCCUCCCCCUCCCGGAGUCGAAAUUUCCCGGGGAUUAUGUUUCGGAAAGGUAGGUAAGCGCCGGGCGCGGCGCCCGCGUCCCCGCAGCCCGGACCCGGAGAGCCAGCGAGGCGGCGACACAGCCCCCGCGGCUUGCAGCGAAGCCGACAGCUCGUCUCCUCUUCUGGGGGUGCUGCUGGUGGUAGGGGGGGAGAGACUUGCUCCAAACGCGAACGUCCCCCAGCUCUCCCCCCCUCCCUGUUUUCCGUUAGGAGCCCGGCGAGGAAAUACAUGCACUCGCCGAGAAUCGCCCGCGCUAGGGCGCAACGCUACAAGGUGUAGGGAGAGUGUGGGGUGGGGUGAGAGGGGACCCAGGAGUCCCCGUGGUUCAGAGCGCCGGGGCGUCGGUUCUUCAUUCCUGCCCUCGGGGCGGACGGAGUGACCCGGCCCCCACUCCCCGCCCCGACCAUGGUAGUGUUCAAUGGCCUUCUUAAGAUCAAAAUCUGCGAGGCAGUGAGCUUGAAGCCCACAGCCUGGUCGCUGCGCCAUGCGGUGGGACCCCGGCCGCAGACUUUCCUUCUCGACCCCUACAUCGCCCUCAACGUGGACGACUCGCGCAUCGGCCAAACGGCCACCAAGCAGAAGACCAAUAGCCCGGCCUGGCACGACGAGUUCGUCACCGAUGUGUGCAAUGGGCGCAAGAUCGAGCUGGCCGUCUUCCACGAUGCCCCCAUCGGCUACGACGACUUCGUGGCCAACUGCACCAUCCAGUUUGAGGAGCUGCUGCAGAACGGGAGCCGGCACUUCGAGGACUGGAUUGAUCUGGAGCCAGAAGGAAGAGUGUAUGUGAUCAUUGAUCUGUCGGGGUCAUCGGGUGAAGCCCCUAAAGACAAUGAAGAGCGAGUGUUCAGGGAGCGCAUGCGGCCCAGGAAGCGGCAGGGGGCCGUCAGGCGCAGGGUCCACCAGGUCAACGGCCACAAGUUCAUGGCCACCUACCUUCGGCAGCCCACCUACUGCUCUCACUGCAGAGAUUUUAUCUGGGGUGUCAUAGGAAAGCAGGGAUACCAGUGUCAAGUUUGCACUUGCGUGGUCCACAAGCGAUGCCAUGAGCUCAUAAUUACGAAGUGUGCGGGAUUAAAGAAACAGGAAACUCCCGACGAGGUGGGCUCCCAGCGGUUCAGCGUCAACAUGCCCCACAAGUUUGGUAUCCACAACUACAAGGUCCCCACCUUCUGCGACCACUGUGGGUCCUUGCUCUGGGGCCUCUUACGGCAGGGUUUGCAGUGCAAAGUCUGCAAGAUGAACGUUCACCGACGCUGUGAGACCAACGUAGCUCCCAACUGUGGAGUGGACGCCAGAGGAAUUGCCAAAGUCCUGGCGGACCUAGGAGUCACUCCAGACAAAAUCACCAACAGCGGCCAGAGGAGGAAAAAGCUCAUCGCUGGCGCCGAGUCUCCGCAGCCUGCUUCCGGAAGCUCACCGUCUGAGGAAGAUCGAUCCAAGUCAGCACCCACCUCCCCUUGUGACCAGGAAAUAAAAGAACUUGAAAACAACAUUCGGAAGGCCUUGUCAUUUGACAACCGAGGGGAGGAGCACAGGGUGGCGGCCUGCAGCGAUGGCCACCUGGCGAGCCCCGGCGAGAACGGCGAAGUGCGGCAGGGCCAGGCCAAGCGCUUGGGUCUGGAUGAGUUCACCUUCAUCAAGGUGCUGGGCAAAGGCAGCUUUGGCAAGGUCAUGUUGGCCGAGCUGAAAGGCAAAGAUGAAGUAUAUGCUGUGAAAGUUUUAAAGAAGGAUGUCAUCCUCCAGGAUGAUGAUGUGGACUGCACGAUGACAGAGAAGAGGAUUUUGGCUCUGGCGCGGAAACACCCGUACCUAACCCAACUCUAUUGCUGCUUUCAGACCAAGGACCGCCUCUUUUUUGUCAUGGAGUAUGUCAAUGGUGGAGACCUCAUGUUCCAGAUUCAGCGCUCUCGAAAAUUCGAUGAGCCUCGUUCCCGGUUCUAUGCUGCAGAGGUUACGUCAGCCCUCAUGUUCCUCCACCAACAUGGAGUCAUCUACAGGGAUUUGAAACUGGACAACAUCCUUCUGGAUGCAGAAGGUCACUGCAAGCUAGCCGACUUUGGGAUGUGCAAGGAGGGGAUUCUGAACGGCGUCACAACCACCACAUUCUGUGGAACUCCUGACUACAUCGCACCCGAGAUCCUGCAGGAGUUGGAGUACGGCCCCUCGGUGGACUGGUGGGCCCUGGGGGUGCUGAUGUAUGAAAUGAUGGCUGGGCAGCCCCCGUUCGAGGCCGACAAUGAGGACGACCUGUUUGAGUCCAUCCUCCAUGACGACGUGCUCUACCCGGUCUGGCUCAGCAAGGAGGCCGUCAGCAUCCUGAAAGCCUUCAUGACCAAGAACCCCCACAAGCGCCUGGGCUGUGUGGUGGCACAGAACGGCGAGGACGCCAUCAAGCAGCACCCGUUCUUCAAGGAGAUCGACUGGGUUCUCCUGGAGCAGAAGAAGAUCAAGCCGCCCUUCAAGCCUCGAAUUAAAACCAAAAGAGACGUCAAUAACUUUGACCAAGACUUUACCCGGGAAGAGCCCGUCCUCACACUCGUGGAUGAAGCAAUCGUGAAGCAGAUCAACCAGGAGGAAUUCAAAGGCUUCUCCUACUUUGGCGAAGACCUGAUGCCCUGAGAAGCUGUUCCAGGUGGAGUUUGGUGACGCUGCAGGAAAGGGUGCCGAGAAGAGUCCUAUUUCUGGAGGCUCAGAAGGCCUGGAACUGCCUCUCCUGUUCUCCAGAGCCCUAGUCCCUCGUCUACCCUCUAUUUAUUGUGUUCCCUCACCCCAGGCGGGCUCCUCCCUCUUCCACCUGGGGACCAGAAGGCACUCUUGGUUCUUGUCUCACCAGUGAUGCAGAAUCACAUGGGGUCAGCGGUCGGCUGGACACACUGCGUGUUUGGUUUGUUGGCAAGCCCGUUUCCACUCCUCGGGGGCUCCUGGCAGUGAGGCAGCAAGGCAGCUUCGGUUCUUUUACUUCAAAGAGCAACAAGAAAAGCAAACAAGAAGGGCCUGGCCGUGCUAUUGGACAUAGGGGCCCGAUCACUCUCACUUCUGAGAGCCUCGGUUCUGAGGCUCCCACUUUUGAGAGCCUGCCGCCCUCCGCCCUUCUGUCCAGGAGAGACAGGUGCUUCUUCGGCAUGGGGGUGGGUGCCCUCGAGGCGCGCUGUGGUGGAGGCACACCGCGAGAUGCAUGGGUUGGCUGCCCGUGUUUGGCAGAAUGGCCAACGCUGGCUUGCUUCGGUUGUAGCCCUUGGGCAUGCCAAAGUUGUGAGAGCAUGUGUCUCGUGAAAGAAAUCACUCUUUGUAGAAAAAGAAAUCGGAUUUUGAACUCGGUUAACAUUUGAAGAAUAUAUCACCAAAUUGGCUUUCUAAUCGGCCAAAUGAUAUAAAUUCCAAUAUUAACACAGGUAGAUAUUAAAGGGCUAUUAUACAAUGAGAAACCAACUGUCCAGGGUUUAGGCUGUUAACGUUUUUGUGGUUUGUGGCACACGGGGGCUGGAUGAAUUGAGAGAGAAGAAAACAAGUAAUGCUCCUCAUUCUUCAAAUUCUGCCUGAACACAGAGGCCACCGCAGCAAUGGCCAAGACCCUGAGGUUCUAGGAAAACUCACUCCCAAAUUCUCUUUCCAGUUUCGUUCUGAGUUCCCAGCAUACGCUCUAUUUAUUUCCUGCAACAGUGUGUUACUUUUGCGCACUUCUACGAAGAAUUGGUAGUACUGCUGUGUUGUGUUUUUUAGACAUUAAACAUAUAACGUUAAAUAUGAAAUCUCUGCUUUCGGAGCAAGCCGAAUGAGGCUAAACGUGGGUUAUGCGGAGGGAAUCCAGAGACGGAACAGCAACUUAUCUGCAAACUGCCAAUGUGGCGAGACGUGCUCGGAGUUUUGUUUCUGUGUGACAUGCAAAUGGCAACUCGUGUGGGACACUAUUUCAUGGAUGUGAUGUUACCUCCUGUAGAUAUGCUAACAGUGUUACAUUCUUUGAUUUCCAAGGGUUCUCUGUGGCUUUGUGUAUAUGUUUCCCGGAGGUUAUUUGAUUAUCUAUUUUACCGAACUGAUUUUAGCAGGGAAUGGAAUCCAUUCCAACUGUUGCACGCGGAUUUCCUAGCUGCCCCUAAAUAUAGAUACGUGUGAGUGGCAAAGUGGCACUAAUGAAGCUUUUUGCCUUUUGUACAUUUGAGAUUUUUGUAUAUAGUGUUUGCUGCAAGGCCUGUGGAAUUAAUUCAUUGAACUUAGAGGUAUCAACUGCUGCAUGUUCAGGCAUAUUAUAAAACUUUAGUCUAUGAAAGAAUAAUUAUAAUAAUGUCCAGGUGCAAUACUCUGUAAGCGUAUUGGUUCAAGUUACCAAGAGAUAAGGUAUGUUUCUUUUUCAAGGAUGGGGAGGAGUCCUUUGUAUUGUUUAUUUCAUUUUGGUUUAUUUCAAAAGACGUAAACAUAUAGUAAGCUACAUUAAAUCUCACAUACAGUUCUCCCGUGCUCUAUUAUGCCCUGAGAGGGAUGGGGAAGUGAAAGGAAUGUUUUCGAUGGUGGUUUCGAAGCUUGGACGGUGACCAGCUCGAGCCCAUAGAAGGUUGGUGUCCAUAUUUGCAUCUGGUUGGCCGUAGCCUUCGUUAUUACUAAGGAUGACAUUCAGUUUCCUUUUGUUUUUAUUUUUGAAAAACUCAGGUGUAGUUAUGAUCCGUUCUUAUGAUACUUAGAAAUACUAUUACUCUAUCAGUUUGUGUGUUUGGCGUACCAGUGAAGUGAAGAAGAACAGAUUAACUUAAUUUCUCUUCGGUAACUUGACGUACUGGGGGAGAGACUAUCUUCCGGAGUUGAGUACAAGCACAGAAACAUCUUCACGGUGGCAUCAUCUCAGUUUUUAAGAAGACGUGACAAUACUGCCCAUCAUACUCCUGCAUCACUACUGCUCUGUUUCUCCUCUGCUUCCUUCACUACGAUGAACCUGGAACAGCCAAGCAAGCUCUACCUGCAAGAUGAGCGGCCUGCUUCAAGGCCCCGGUGGCGUUCCCAUGUCAGCCGGGCUCGGGCCUUUCCUACAGAACAACUGGCAUUUUGGCUGCAGAGUCAAGUAAUACAUUCCACCCGGCAGCUCCAGGCAGUCAUUCGCGGGGUGCCUGGCCCAGAGAUGCCCCCUUCCAGCACCAAAGCUGGGCUGGCUGGGAUGCCUCCUGCUUGGGGCCGGAGCUGAUCAGUUCUCUCACAGGCGGGUUCAAAUCCCAUGUCGUCUAUAGAAAAAAGCUUGUGUGUUCCUCGAGUAUUCACUGUUUCAUUUCAAUUUUCACAAGGCUUAGGAAGCGGACACACUAUUACAUUUCUUUCUAAUCUAUCCAGCUCUUGAGUGCAAAAAAAAAUGCCAAAAAAUAUAUGAAGGAUAGCUGUUCUCCUGUGUUCUCUCAUUAUGGACUUUGUGAAGUGGAAACAUCGUUUUUUCCUCCAAAGGUGAAAAAAAAAUGCAUUCUUGCUUUAAAAAAAAAAA